CUCCGAACUACAUUUCCCAGCAUGCCUUUCCCUCUCCACAUGCGCAGCGCCCGUUCCGGCGCUGGGAGAAGCGGAGGGUGGCAGUCAGGCAGGCGGCCCGACAAGGAGAGCUCGCGCGGGGCGGCGGGUCUGAAGCGAGGCCGAGGAGGAGGGCGGCGUCCUCACCCGCACAGGUCGGGUCUUCAGGGGAGUGCACUCCAGGCCAGUGCGACCCCCCCCCCCGGGUUCCACGUGAGUAGCCCACGGUUCUGCUCCCCCCUCAAGAUGGUGAAACUGGACGUUCACGCGCUGGCUCAUCACCUCAAGCAGGAACGACUCUACGUGAACUCCGAAAAGCAGCUCAUCCAGAGACUGAAUGCUGAGGUGUUGAAAACUGCAGAAAGGCUGUACCGUACGGCCUGGAUUUCUAAGCAGCAGAGGAUUAACUUGGACCGGCUAAUCAUAACAAGUGCUGAAGCUUCUCCAGCCGAAUGCUGCCAGCAUGCCAAAAUUCUGGAGGACACGCAGUUUGUGGAUGGGUACAAGCAGUUGGGCCAUCAAGAGACACCCUAUGGGGAGUUCCUCAACAGGCUACGCGAGAACCCUCGUCUUAUUGCUUCUUGCCUGGUUGCCGGAGAGAAGCUCAACCAGGAGAACACUCAGAGCGUCAUUCACACUGUGUUUACCUCUAUCUACGGCAACUGCAUCAUGCCAGAAGAUGAAAGCUACCUCCUCCAGGUUUUGCGGUAUUUGAUCGAGUUUGAACUGAAGGAGAGCGACAACCCCCGGCGGCUCCUGAGGCGUGGCACUUGCGCCUUUAGUAUUUUAUUCAAACUCUUUUCUGAAGGGCUCUUUUCAGCCAAGCUCUUUCUCACUGCCACCUUGCACGAGCCCAUCAUGCAGUUGCUGGUCGAGGAUGAAGACCACCUAGAAACUGACCCCAACAAACUGAUUGAGCGCUUUUCCCCUGCUCAGCAGGAGAAGCUCUUUGGAGAGAAGGGGAGCGACAAAUUCAGGCAGAAAGUUCAGGAGAUGGUAGAGUCCAACGAAGCCAAGCUGGUGGCCUUGGUGAACAAGUUCAUUGGUUACCUCAAGCAGAACACCUACUGCUUCCCACACAGCUUGCGAUGGAUUGUAUCCCAGAUGUACAAAACACUUUCAUGUGUGGACAGGCUAGAUGUUGGGGAAGUCAGAGCCAUGUGCACAGAUCUUCUCCUGGCAUGCUUCAUUUGUCCUGCAGUAGUUAACCCGGAACAGUAUGGGAUUAUUUCUGAUGCUCCAAUCAAUGAAGUAGCAAGAUUUAACCUGAUGCAGGUUGGGAGACUUCUUCAGCAGCUGGCGAUGACUGGUUCUGAAGAAGGAGACCCUCGUACGAAGAGUAACUUGUGUAAAUUUGACAAAGGCUGUGUAGCUGCAUUUCUGGAUGUUGUCAUCAGUGGGCGUGCAGUGGAAACCCCUCCCAUGUCCUCAGUUAACCUUCUGGAAGGGCUGAGCAGGACUGUGGUUUACAUGACCUAUAGCCAACUUACUGGCCUGGUCAACUUUAUGAGGAAUGUUAUGUCUGGUGACCAGCUGAAGGAGGAUCGGGCAGCUCUGGAAAGCCUCCUGUCAAACUUGCCCCAGAACAAGCCAGGAAAGAGCAGCAGCCUAGAAAUGACCCCUUACAACACCCCACAACUCUCGCCAGCAACUACUCCGGCCAACAAAAAAAAUCGAUUGCCUAUAGGACAACAGUUGGCAGCCAUCACUGCCUGGGACACGUCGGCCACCAACCUGACAGCUCACAUAAACCUAGUAACCCCUUUUGCCACUCGCAGCAGAAGCCGGUCGAAUAUUCAGAUGGACCAGCAUGCUGACCACGACGGCCCCUCCCAGGAGACAAUACAAGAAGUUCACCCAGAAGAAGUCUUGGUUAUUUCCCUUGGGACCGGACCCCAGAUAACCCCUGGAAUGAUGUCAGAAAAUGAGGUUUUAAACAUGCAGCUUGCUGAUGGAGGGCAAGGAGAUGUCCCUGUUGAUGAAGCCAAACUCCACGGUAAACCUGAUAAAACCUUGCGCUUUUCCCUCUGCAGUGAUAAUCUGGAAGGAAUAUCUGAAGGUCCUUCAAACCGCUCUAAUUCUGUGUCUUCGCUGGAUUUGGAAGGGGAAUCUGUGUCCGAGCUGGGGGCAGGCCCAUCAGGCAGCAACGGAGUGGAAGCCUUGCAGCUUCUGGAACAUGAACAAGCUACUACUCAGGAUAAUCUCGAUGACAAGCUCCGUAAAUUUGAGAUUCGUGAUAUGAUGGGGUUAACAGAUGACAGAGACAUCUCAGAAACUGUGAGCGAAACGUGGAGCACUGAUGUCUUGGGGAGUGACUUUGAUCCGAAUAUCGAUGAGGACCGCUUGCAAGAAAUUGCAGGUGCAGCAGCUGAGAAUAUGCUGGGGAGCUUGCUAUGCUUGCCCGGUUCAGGGUCAGUGUUGCUUGACCCCUGCACGGGUUCAACCAUCUCGGAAACCACCAGCGAAGCUUGGAGUGUGGAAGUGCUACCGAGCGAUUCAGAGGCCCCAGACUUAAAGCAGGAGGAGAGGCUGCAGGAGCUGGAGAGCUGCUCCGGAGUGGGCAGCACUUCCGACGACACUGAUGUCAGGGAGGUCAGUUCUCGCCCCAGUACGCCAGGCCUCAGUGUGGUGUCAGGUAUCAGUGCAACCUCUGAAGAUAUUCCCAACAAGAUCGAGGACCUCCGCUCUGAGUGUAGCUCAGACUUUGGUGGGAAAGAUUCAGUAACCAGUCCUGAUAUGGAUGAAACUGCUCAUGGUGCCAGCCAGCUGACCUCUCCCCCUUCUCAGGUGGAUUCCUUGCUUGCCAUGUUUGACCCCUUGUCAUCACACGAAGCAGUGGUGAGGCCAAAAGUGCACUAUGCAAGACCUUCACACCCUCCUCCGGAUCCCCCAAUCUUGGAAGGGACAUUAGGAGGCAAUGAGGCCCGCCUGCCCAACUUCGGCUCCCAUACUGCAAUGCUCUUGGACUCCGAGGCAUUCAAGCAGCGACAUUCCUAUCCGGAGAGGCUUGUGCGUAGCAGGAGCUCCGAUAUAGUGUCAUCUGCUCGGCGGCCGAUGAGUGAUCCUGGCUGGAACAGGCGAGCUGGUAAUGAAGAGAGGGACCUUUCCAUGCCUGCCGGCAGCAUGGGAGGAGCUGCUUUGAUGACUGCCCCGCAGUCCUCUUCCUCCUCUCCUAGCAAAGAUUUUUGUAGAGGAGAGGCUGAGGACCGAAAAGACAGCGAUGAUGAGAAAUCUGACAGAAACAGACCAUGGUGGAGAAAGCGUUUCGUUUCAGCUAUGCCCAAAGCUCCAAUCCCAUUUAGAAAAAAAGAAAAGCAAGACAAGGACAAAGAUGAGCUCAUCCCUGACAGAUACGGAACUCUACAAGAUGACCACAGUCCUAGGCUGAGUGCUCAAGCUCAGGCUGCCGAGGACAUCCUGGACAAGUACAGGAACGCGAUUAAGCGGACCAGCCCUAAUGAGGGGGCUGCAGUCAACUAUGAUAGUACAGAUGCCAUUGGAGACGGCGAAAGCAUCCAUGACUCUCCGCGUGAUGAUACCUUGCAAAACAUGUCUGCAGAUGACCUCCCAGAUUCUGCUAGUCAAGUAGCUCAACCUCAGGAUUCUGCUUUCUCCUACAGGGACGCCAAAAAGAAAUUGCGGCUUGCACUCUGUUCUGCAGAUUCCGUUGCCUUCCCCAUGUUGUCUCACUCAACACGGAAUGGGCUUCCCGAUCAUACGGAUCCUGAAGACAAUGAAAUCGUGUGCUUCCUAAAAGUGCAGUUAGCGGAAGCCAUCAACCUCCAGGACAAGAACCUGAUGGCCCAACUCCAGGAGACCAUGCGCUGCGUAAGCCGCUUUGACAACAGGACCUGCCGCAAGCUGCUGGCUUCUAUUGCAGAGGAUUACAGGAAAAGGGGCCCGUACUUUACAUAUCUGACUCGAUGUCGCCAAGGCCUGCAGACAACCCAGGCUCACCUAGAAAGGCUGCUGCAGAGAGUCCUGCGUGACAAAGAGGUGGCCAACCGAUACUUCACCACUGUGUGUGUGCGGCUGCUUUUGGAGAGCAAAGAGCCAAAGAUCAGAGAGUUCAUUCAAGAUUUCCAGAAGCUGACUGCAGCAGAUGACAAGACUGCCCAGGUGGAAGACUUCCUCCAGUUCCUGUACGGGGCAAUGGCCCAGGACGUCAUCUGGCAGAAUGCCAGCGAGGAGCAGCUCCAAGAUGCCCAGCUGGCCAUUGAGCGCAGCGUCAUGAACCGCAUUUUCAAGCUGGCCUUUUACCCUAACCAGGAUGGAGACAUCUUGCGUGACCAGCUUCUCCACGACCACAUCCAGAGGUUAUCUAAAGUAGUAAGCGCAAACCACAAAGCACUUCAGAUACCCGAGGUCUAUCUCCGGGAAGCUCCUUGGCCUUCAGCACAGUCCGAGAUCCGCACCAUUAGCGCCUACAAGACCCCUCGGGAUAAACUGCAAUGUGUCCUGAGAAUGUGCUCCACCAUCAUGAACCUGCUGAGCCUGGCUAAUGAAGACUCGGUCCCUGGAGCAGAUGAUUUUGUUCCCGUCCUCGUGUUUGUGCUCAUAAAAGCCAACCCACCCUGCUUGCUGUCCACAGUCCAAUACAUCAGUAGUUUCUAUGCCAAUUGUUUAACUGGAGAAGAAUCAUAUUGGUGGAUGCAGUUCACGGCAGCUGUGGAGUUCAUAAAAACUAUCGACGAUCGCAAGUGAUCCAAGCCCAGCAUUUGCCAAAUGGAGCUGCCUACUGAGAAGGACCUCUAAGAAUGUAUGUCACCUGUGACCCCCACCCUCCCUGGCUAUGAUGGGGGGAGACUUCUGAGUGUAAAUAUCUGUACAGAAUUCAGGCAUUUUAAAACAAACCUUUACUAAUCAUAUUAGUUUCAGUAGGGUGGAUUGGGGGUAAUGGUUUGGUGUUUUUUCUUUCUCUUCUCCCUUUCAUCCCACCCCUUCCUUUAGAAACCUAGCACUGUGUCAAAUCACAAUGAAAAGGGACCAUGAUUUAUAGAUAUUCUGGAGCCUCCAGGCCUUUUGCAGCCACAAAUGUCUUGUAGACAUCUUUUUCUAACACUUCAAUUCACAUCUUUGGUUUUUAACUUAGAAGGCAUGCACUUUCUAACAAUCCAUAUUUAGUAUAUUACAUUUGGGGGGGGGGGGGUAAGAGGAAAGACUUGUGGAUAGCUUGCAGCAGGUGGGGGGCAAAUCAGACAUGAAAACCAUGUACACAGAUAACCAUGAUUUUAUUUUAAACCACCUCUGCCACAGUCGGCCUUGUUAACCUGCCUGCCUAGCAAAAAGGACACAGCUCCCAUUUUCUGGGCAAGUGCUGUGACCUCUGCAGAGGUGGGGGUGGGGGGGGCAAGUCUGAGUAUUUAUUAAAAGGUCAAAGUGUAUGGAACGUGUACUAAAACUGGAAUUUUUCACAGGGCUUUCUCAUUAGCAAGCUUUCUUUUUUCUUCCUUAUAAAUUUUGGACAGGGCAUUAGAGUAUUCCUUUAUUGCACGGAAGUGGUAAGGUUUUGGCUUUUAUAAAGAGAAGGGACUGUUUUGAAAAGAUAUAAUAUAAAAAGCAUCAAUACAUUUUUGUUUUGUUUUUUUUCUUUCUGAAAUACUGUGUAUACUGUAAAAACCCCCAACAGAAUUUUCCCUAUGAAACCAGAAACUGUAAUAUAUAUUUUGAUUAUUCAUAUUAAAUACAUACGCCAGGGG